CUGUGGGCCGCGUGGAGUGGCCGCCCGACUCGCUCUGCAGGCUGAGGUUGGAGCUGCCGGCGAGGGAGGGGCCGGCCCGCCGCCUCUGCCGCCGCGCGGGCCCGGGAGGGGCUCCACACCAGACGCGCGGGCCUGGAGGCUGCACCUGCCAUGGCGGGCCGCUCGGGCGCCAGGCUCUGCCCGGCCAACUUCUCCGCGGCCGCCGACCUCGUCCUCAGCGGCUUCCAGGAUGGCUUCCUGUGGCCUGUGCUGGUGGCCGCGUUCCUGGUGGCCGUGGCCGGCAACAGCCUGGCCCUGCACCGCUUCCUGACCCGGGAGCCACGGCCCUGGAACCCGGCCGUGGUCUUCUCAGCGCAGCUGGCGGUGAGCGACCUGCUCUACGCCCUGACGCUGCCCCCGCUGGCCGCCUACCUGUACCCGCCCAAGAACUGGCGGUACGGCGCCGCAGCCUGCCUGCUGGAGCGCUUCGCCUUCUCCUGCAACCUGCUGGGCAGCGUGGCCUUCAUCACCUGCAUCAGCCUCACCCGCUACUUGGGCGUCGUGCACCCCUUCCUCGCCCGCGCCCGCCUGCGGCCCAAGCACGCCUGGGUGCUCAGCGCCGCCGGCUGGGCCCUGGCCGUGCUGCUGGCCGCACCCACGCUCGCCUUCUCCCGCCUCAAGGGGCCGCCGGGUGCGCCCCGGUGCAACAGGACCCAGCCCGAGGCCUGCACCAAGUGCCUGGGCACGGCGGCCGACGAGCAGCUGGAGGCCUACAGAGCCUACAGCGUGGUGCUGGCGGCCCUGGGCGGCGGCCUGCCCCUGCUGCUCACCCUACUGGCCUACGGCGCGCUGGCCAGGGCGGUGCUGGGCAGCCCCAGCAUGGCACGCACAGAGAAGCGGCGUGUGCUGGCGCUCGUGGCCAGCGGCGUGGCCCUAUACGCCGGCUCCUACGUGCCCUACCACAUCACCCGCGUGCUCAACGUGGACGCCCGGCGGCGCUGGCUCAGCCGCUGCCCGGACUUUGCCAAUGCGACCCAGGCGGU